CGCUGGCGGAGGCGAGCCCCGGCUCGCACCGAAUGCGUUAUUUCUAUACGGGGGUGUCGGAGCCUGGCCCGGGGCUGCCGGAGCUUGUCAUAGUCGGGCACGUGGAUGACCAGCUCUUCAUGAAGUAUGACAGCAAGACCAGGAGGGCUCAGACCCGUGUGGACUGGAUGAAGGAGGGCCCAGAGUACUGGGAUGGCCAGACCCAGAUCGCGCAGGGCUGGCAAGAGUGGUUCAAUGCGAGUUUGGACAUUCUGCGAGAGCGCUACGACCAGACUGGCGGGUUUCAUACUUUCCAGCUCAUGUACGGCUGUGAGCUUGGUGAAGACAACAGCAUUCGAGGCUAUGCGCAGUAUGCGUAUGACGGAGGAGACUUCAUCAGCUAUGACCUGAGCGGGCAAACCUGGGUGGCAGUCCCAACACAGGCCCAGAUCACCCAGCGCAAGUGGAAUGAGAAUAGGGCCUUACUUCAGCAAGACAGAGCCUACCUGAAGGAGACCUGCAUCGAGUGGCUGGGGAAGUACCUACAGUACGGGAAGGCAGCGCUGCAGACCAAGCCUCCCAUGGCUCAGGUGAGUGACAGGUCAUCCCGAGAUGGACUUGCCACCCUGUCCUGCCGGGUCCACGGCUUCUACCCCAAGGACGUGGCUGUCGUCUGGCUGAAGAACGGGGAGCCACAGACCCAGGAGACAAGCCGCUCAGGGGUUGUUCCCAGUGGAGAUGGGACUUACCAGACCUGGGCCACUAUCGAGAUCAACCCGAGCAGCAACCACGAUUAUACCUGCUGUGUGGAGCACGUGAGCCUGGAUGCAGACCUGAGAGUGGCCUGGGACAAGAGCCUCUUCCAUCUUUCGGAGCCUGAGUCCAACCUGUUGCUGAUCGUGGGCAUCGUUAUUGCUGUUGUGCUGGUCUUGGUCGUGGCAGGCGCAGCUGUUUUCUUCCGCAGGAGACAGGGAGCAGGAUACAAAGCAGCAUCCACUCGUGACGGCUCCAACAGCUCCGGAAGCAACCAUGGCUCUGACCCCUGUGUCAAAGCUUAGCAGAGCUCAGUGGAGCCUACACUGCCUCCUGAGGGGCCCACAGAGGAGGAGAGAGACAGAUCACAGAGCAACGUGCUGCACUGAUUCAGUCCUGCCAGAUGCCUUUUUAUGCCUUGAUUUUUUUUUUCUUUUUUUUUGCCCCUUGCGGCAGGAGAGCAAAGAGCUGGUGUGUGAAAUUAAAGCUGCUGGGCUGCAGCCAGGCUGGGGAGGGGGUGGGGUUUGGGAAUUGCUUGUGACUGAUCAGCUUAUUGCAGGUUUAAGCCAUAGUUUGCUAUUUAUAAAAAUAACAGAUAGGAAUCAUCUCCAAGGGCAUCUCCCUGCUAGUAGAGAGAUGGGCAGGGCAUGCACCGAAUCAGGCAGUGUGUGGGUCAUGCCCUAGAGCAGCGGUGCUCAAUCAUUUGGCUAGCUGAAGAUGUUUGUCCAUCUUCAGCAGCACUCCUUCCUGCCCCCCAGGUGCCAGGGUUGAGUGCUGGGGGCCUGUGCACCUGUGCCCCUGCACACUGUGGUGGGGAUACUGCUGCAAACGUCCAGAUUGUGGGAAACACCAGUGGCUGGCUGACAUGGCACCGUGAGCCGCAAGUUGCUCACCCCUGCACUAGAUCAGUGGUUCUCAAUCCUUUUUUACUACGACCCAUUUGUAAAGAUCAAUGGCCAGUCCCAACCCCGUGCUCCUCACUCCUGACCUGCUGGCCCCAGGUCCCAGCCCCCAGCAUGUGGGGUGGGGGAGCGGAUGUGGGACAGGGGGGCCCCAAGCAACCUCUUUCUGGCAGAAGCUCUGCCAACCUGCAAAGGAAAAGCCACAGUUUCCCACAUUUUUUCCCUUUUAAGGGAGAAUCCAUGUUUUAAGUUUGCUAAUCCAUCCUUAAAAUUUGUGACCCUUUCAUACAUUCUUGCGACCCACUUUUGUAUCACAACCCAUGGGUUGAGAAACGCUGCCCUAGAGCAUCCCUGUCCCGAAUUGAUUGUUCAUUAAACUUUAUAU